GUAACUUCAAAAUGGCGGCCAAAUUCUCAAGAUUUCACGAAAACCGUUCAUAUCAGGUAGCUGUAAUGUUGCACUUUUAUGAGUAUAUUCGCAGCAGAACAUCUCGAGCGAGAAACGAAUUAGAGCUCUGGGUGUACUUUUGUUAUGAGUCUUCUUUUUUAUGCUGUUACAGACGGGAAAUGCAGACGUUUCCCAAAUUUUUGACGACGAUGAACCUACUGUGGAGAAGGCAACUUUGGACGCUCAUAUCGCUGAGGUAUUUUGAAUAGAUCUGAUUACUUUGGUUUUUAAGCUUAAAUAUUAUUCCAGUUUUAUUCUUAAGUCGGAAAAUGGGGAGCAACUACAGAAUGCAGGCCCAUAUCCUAAGGUCUUAAAGGGAAAAGUGGCUCGGUGCCAGGCUGCCUUGUCAAGACAAUUGUUUUUAGAACGAGAUAGAUAAGCUUAAGCUUAUAUGCCUAGAGAGUUGGUCCUGUAUUCUAUAAUUAUGCCGAAAAUGGGUUGCUGAAACCUGAUUUGUUUAACCUUUGCAAGUCAACUUUACGAAGUAAGCUUAGAGACGUAAGCUUAAGCUCUCCCCCAAACAAGAUGAAAAUUAUUCAGUGAGGAUGCUUUCUAACGUUCACAUUGCAUGAAUAAUACGCUAUGAGCAGAGGCUACAUUUUUGCUGUGUGAGCUGGCAUGCGAAAAGUAGCCUCUGCCGACAACCGUUCAAUUUUCUAUCGUGCGUGCAUGAAUUUCUUGUCACGUGACUCCCAAGCAAAAUUAAUCGUCAGGUCUGUUGUCAAAUGGCGUGAGUUUUGCGGGAAUAAAAAAUUGUGACAACUCUGAUCUGCUAUGCAAGGUCCCCGCAAUACUCAUGCAAUGCUCUAAACCCGUCGAGAACAGGCAAAAGCCUAUUUUUAAAAUUUAUUUGUCCAGAUUUCUGGACGGAUUUGAAUGGUUGUUGGCAGAGGCUACUUUUCACACUACAGCUCACACAGCGAAAAUGUAGCCUCUGCUUGCAAAGUACACGAAUAAUAGAGCUGGCAAUCUUUUUUCCCAAGCUUUUGGUUUUUGCUUAAUUCCCCAAACAGCUACAUUUUUUGUGUGAUAUUCAAUUGAGUUUCAUAAUCUGAGACAAAGAGUAAAACUAAAAUCGGUCUGGUUUGAAUUUCAAAGAAAAUGUGAGUCACAACAUUCACCAUGGUUGCCAUCACAAAAACAAGAGUCAGGUGAAAAUGAAAGUUCUUAUGGUCAGGGAAAGUCUGGGAUAAUCUCUAUUCUUGUCAAAGUCAUUGAAUGAUUAUUAUCACCAGAUUUUGGUAGUCACUGAAUUUUUUUACAUCAAGAGGCAACCUGAAAGGUGGAAGGGGGUGACUCCUAUAUGAAAAAGGGCAAAGACUUGUGACAGAAAAUUAGAAUAAAUUAGCCAUAAGAAGAGCAAAAGGGUUUAUGCGUGACGAUUGAUUAGGUCCAAAUGUAGUGCAUGAUGCAUGAAAUUUUCCAAAAUAAAAAGUUUAACGUGAUCCGUGAAAUCAGUUACUGUAUGCCUGUGAAGCCUGAUUUAUCUUGUAAGAUAUGUGGGACACAUGAAUUAUUUGUUGCAUUGUACAUGAAAUCUACAGUAUUGGACAAAAUGGAUUGAACAGCGCUGUCGGUUGCAUUCUGUGCAUUACGUUUUUGUACUGGUCAGUAACCUUUGACAUCUGUUUUUUAGUGCCCUUUAAGAUCACCCUACCAACAUUCUAAUAAGAAAAGAAGCUGCAAUCGUCAAAUCAAAUUGCGGAGUCUGAUUCCUGAUGGCUAUGGUUUCGGUUUGUAACCUGUUUGAUUAACUGGCGGGUGAUGACUAUAUUCGUGACUUGUGAAAUUGUUUUAUAAAGCAUGUGAUAUGUGAAAUUUGUCAAAAUUUGCACAUGAAACAGGACUAUGACCUCCCCCCAGCUUGCUGCUCUCUGAAUAGCCUACACUGUAUGUCAUACUAAGAUGUCCAACUUGCACCCCUAAACCAGAUGACCAGUUUCCCAAAACCUUUCCUAAGGGAUUCCCUUCAGACUCCAGUUGUUUAAAAGGUGGAUAGUGCUAUCCACUGGAUAAAUCCCUAUCCAGUGGAUAAAACAAUAUUUAUUGAUUUCCCUAAUACUUAUCCACUGGAUAGUGAUUUAUCUGGUGGAUAGCUCUAUCCCACGUUUGAACAACUGGGGCCAGUAUGGCAACUCAGACUGUACUAUAAGACAUAAUUAAAUAGUCAAUCCUAAAGACUGUUCUUGGGUGUUUUGCUUUGAUUUGGCUAGUACUGCCCGAAUUGUAUCAUCCUCCACUUGUAUAGGAAAAUAUUGGAUACCAGAUGGCUCUCAAACUGGGCUGGACUACUGGAUCAGGAUUGGGGAGGAAGAAGCAAGGUAUCAUAUCAUCAUUCUUGCACCAUUCUAACUCAGCAGCCAUUAUCAUUUAGAAGGUGCACCUUUCAGUUCAACCUGGACAUUCAUGCCAAAAUAUCAUGUUGCUUUGAUUGGAAAAUAUGAAUGGAAAUUUUAGCCCAAUACCCACUACCAGACUGCAAGGAGAGGCCCUUCAACCUUCCUAGAAAGAUUGUAGGGCCUCUACUUGCAGGGUAACUACCCACCUGUACUCUCUUUAAAAGUAUUUUCAUGUUAAAUUGUGCCAGAGCUUUUCUAAGGGAGUGAAGCUUACAAUAAGGGCCCAAUGGAAGUGGAAGAAAAAAGACAAUCUUGUUGUGUCAUUUUCUAGUUUAAUAAACAAUGUUUUAGGCAGUUUUGCUAAUCUUUUAACCUUGAUAGUAAUGAAAUAUGGGAACAUAUGGUUUAAUGCACUUGACUUAACGAUUAAUACAUUAUUUAUUUUAAGAGUAGAAGUUAUAGUGCAUUUUUUGCAUUAUUAGUGCUACAAAGGUCUUGCUUGUUUCAGCAGGAAAUUUGCAGUAUUAACCACUGUGUUGUUCUUUUAGGUCGUACAGAGCCAAUCCCUUUAGUCAGGAAGGAAGAUUCUCUCUGUCUUGGUCGUCUCACUAUGGAGGUAUGUUUGUAACAUAAUAUUAUUUAGUUAUUUUAGUGGGUGUUAAGAAAGAGUAAAAGGCCUUUUUCCUUGAAAGGUUUUCCCCUUUCGGUGGUAUCACUUGCACCUUUAAAACAGUUGACUCGAAAGAUGAAGGUUCCACAGCAUGGUCGGGUAAACCAGAUUCAUCCUAUUUGAGAAUUACAAUCACAAGAAUUAUCAACUCAAGAAAUGUCCGGCUCAAAGGACCAUAUAAAGAAAGAGUAGAAGGCCUUUAGGUUGCCUUCAUGAUUUACUCCAUUGGAAUGAACAGCAAAACAUUUUACAGCUCAGGUAAAGCACAUAGGUUUUUUCCUUUGAUCUCAUGAUUUAGUACAGUCUCACAAAUGGAAAGGCAUGUGACGUGUGCAUACAACUAAAGUGGGACAUACCUUAUGUGAUACAACAUUCCAAAUCCAUUCUCUCAUUUUCCGAAACGUUUCUGUGGUGGUUGUAGUUUGAGCAGGCAGAUGAAGCAACUCGCAAUAGAAAGGUGAUGGAGAUAGAGAAAGAAGACACUGAUGAACUACAACAAAAAUAUCAGGUUAGUUGUUUUCUGAACACACAGCUUUUGCUAACUUAACAUGUCAGCACACUAUUGCCUCUCAUGAAGACUGAAUAUGGCAAGUUAUUGGGGGCUUAGGCUGUGUCUGCCCUAUACCCAAUAGCCUUUUUUUGCCACCAUGAAAAGCUAUUUGGUAUGGUAUGAACAGCAAUAGCACAGAACUAGAACAAGUCGUUCACAAAUGUCAAACUUCAGACCAGAACAGUUUAGUACACCAAAUCCUAAUCCUCACUUCUGAAAAUUUACUUCUGUUUGAAUGGGUUCCAGUCAUUGCUCCUACUCAUUUAUUUCCCACUGCUGUCCUAAUACCAGUUCACUUGAAGCAUGGCAGAAACCUCUCCAAUAUGUGAUGAUCUACUUCCAAGAUCGGGGCGGUGCAACUUUGCUCUGUUACAUAAAAAUUGCCUUGAAAUCACUGUUCCUAUGAGCGAUGAGAAGCAGCAUCUGGUGUGUUUUUCAUGUUCGCACAAGAGCUAUCUGGUGUUACUAACGUGAAUGCCUCAGUGAGGUAAACAAGAAUUAUGAGGCCUCUUAGUGUUAAAACCCUUUCCAGUGUUCUUACUGGGCUGUAGCCUUUUGGGAUUCCCACAAACAUAAAACAUACGGCAAAAAACAGUGCAUUAAAGCCAAGAGAAUGUGCCCCCUAAUGAUAAGCCAGCAGAAUGCACUGAAGUUCAUAGUUGAGCAAUCUUUUAAAGGACGAAGGAAAUACUCUGGCUUUUGAUAGAACAGCCAAGUGACAAAUAAUUAAUUUUCUCCUAACAAUAAUAUUCAUACAUCCUCGAGAGAAAAGGUUAUAAGAAUUGCUAUGAUCUCCAAACGGAAAAUGCUUUGAUCUUUUAUCAAAUUUUCUCAACUGAUUCUUUAAAGAAAUGUAUGGAGAUCAGUCAUGUGGAUACUAAAGAACACUGUCUUUCUCAACUACUUUCUCAUCACUUCAUACAAUGUAAGUAGGUUGAGUAUGAUUGUCUCAGUGAACAUAGUCCUGAAUAGGACUGUUGUUGACAGUGACUGACAUUUCAACAAUCUGUGUGGUAGUUAUCUUCAGAGUCAAAGUGAGUUUUAUCACAGCAGUUGAUGGUAUUAAACUCUUGUUAUUGACCUGAUUAGUCAAUUAAGUCGAGAUAUUAUUGGUCGUCUGUCAGUAAUGAAAUGUAUGGAGAUCUACUUAUGAAAUGACUCCUGGGUUCAAACCUUUUAAGCUGUCUUUCCCAAGUGGGUAUGGUAUCAUGAUUCGUACAAUCUUGAAAAGGUCUUGAAUUUUACUAGUCAUCUUGAAAAGUCCUAGAAUUCAAUUUAGGCCCUUGAAAAGUACUUGAUUCCUUCAGUAGCUCUUGAAAAGUCCUUGAAAUUCACAACCUUGUCUACGCCAGAGACCUUAUUUUAAAAAUUAGAUUAUUUUGCAGAGGAAAAUUUGGCUCAUCCUCAGUGUAAGAAUCUGUAAAACUCACAGUUAAUGUAAAACCAUUUUUGUACAUGAACAAUAUUUUAUUUCUGUCUCUUUAUUUCAAAUGCUAUUUCCAUACCUCAGAUGCAAUUGCAAGUCAUACCCAGUCAUUUUGCAAAGUCUUGUUGCAGAAAGGAUUUUAAAAUAAUGUGAUCAACGAUAGUGGAAGAAGUAAAAAUUGUAAAUGACUCCAUGACGGCUUUUAGUCAAUACGGUAAACAAAUCUUAGUCCUAGAAAAGUCCUUGAAAUUUGUUUGUCUGAAGUUGCACAAACCAUGGGUAUUCUUGAGGAAGAUGUGGCCCAUCCUCAGAUUCAUUCCAGCUUCCUAAAAACACCAUUUAAACAUCUUGACUCCACAACUAUGUUUUCUUACUCUCAUACCCCUCAGCCAAUCAGAGCAUGCAUGCUAUCUUUGCUGUUUUAUAAUAAUAAAUGUGAAUUUAUGUUAUUCUUAGAAUGAGCAGGAAAAGGAAAAAGCCAUCGAGGAGAGUUUACGGGAUUUGAAAGAGAUGUUCUACUGUGAACUUUGUGACAAACAGUAUUUUAAAUACAAGGAAUAUGAUAAUCACAUCAACUCUUACGACCACGCACAUCGGCAGGUAUAGAAUAAUCUGGUAAAAAUAUUCUCUUCCCAAUAGGCUUUUGUACAGUGUACAUUACACUAACAUUUUUAUGAGCAUUUCAGUGGAAUUUUCUCAGAAAAUUAUUUUUUUCGGGGAAAAUGAAAAUUAAAGAAGUUUUUAAGAGAAAAUGAGCACCUAAAAGCAAAUUCUAAAGUACAAAAACAAAUGGCACCCUUAUUAAGCCAUUUAGACGAUUAUCUUUUGCUGUACUAAAAACCUUUAACUUUUACAAGUUGUUAUACCACUUGAAUGUUUUUGUUAGCAUUAAAUUUAAAUGGAAAAUAGCCUCUGAGCAUUUCAGUGACUUUAUUGGGGGAAUCUGUACAUUAUAGUGGCUAAAUGCAGCAUUAAGGUGGAGUAUUUUAGGGGGGAAACUAAAUACAUGAAGUACAGGAAAAUUCUGUGGAAAGAGACAACCUCUUAGUCAUGCUGUCAGUUGAAUGUUUCUGACAAAUUUAGCUUUAUGUCAGUUAACUGUAUUGAGACUAAUUUUGAAAGGCUUUUUUUCAAUACAUUUAUUUUGAUUUGAUCCACAUACUGACUUAGCUGCUUUUAGAGCUUCUAAUAAAGUGCAUUUCCAUGGCAAGAUAAAUCCCUUCUGUUUAUAUGUAGUUUAUACAUUUUGCAGAGACUCAGGGAAUUGAGGCAAAGAGAGUCAACCAGAAAUAUAUGUAAGUUUUUUUGUACUUACUGGUUAUAUAGAAUUAAACUUUUAUAUUUGUAUAACGAGAUUAAUGUAACCUUGAAAAACUGUGAAAUAUUACUAUAAUGCAGUUUUUUACUUUUACGGUUACCCCAGAACAAGAGCAGUUAUGGUACUCUGGUCAUCAUCAUUACACUGUCAUGACAAACUGUCAAACCUGCAUAUAAUGGUCACCCUAUGGAAAUGGUCGGCUGACAGAACUUUAUACAUGUAUACAGGGUGACUGCCAUAUACAGGUUUUCUUUAAACUCUACUGGAAAGUAAUGAAUAAUGUUUUUAUGUGGAAAUAACUACUGUAUUUAGAUAUUUGAAAGGUGAGCACAGUCUGGUAAUAAGGCAUAAAGCAAAUGCACAUGCUAAAGGCCCGGCAUGCUCAAUCAAUGAAAUUCGAUAAUCAAUAGUAAUUUAAAUCGAUGAAAAUGGAAGGUCAAAAAAGUUUCAGCCGUUUUCAUCAUUUAUGUCUAUUGUCAGCCACUGAACAGUAAAAGACCACAUGACCUCCCAGUAAAGGAAAAGCGGCACGAAAACAUUUUCUCAAUCCGCACUACAAAUCCUCCAAUACAGACUUUUUUCCUUAAGGACAAGGUGUAAUUUAUUAGCAAGGGGUUAAUGCCUUGUAGGCAUGCCAAAUCCCCUUGAUACGUUUACAUGAAGGCAAAAACACGUUUUGUGGAAAGCAUGAGGCUUGUUAACACUUUCAGAGUUUUCAAGUUUGCUACACAAUCAGUGAAUGAGAUUUGAAAAAUAUUAUCAACUCUUUUUGUUUUAAAUCAUUGGUCCGACAUUGCACCCUUCCCACACCCCUCCCUGCAGGCCUGUACUCCUGCCCCGCUAGUGACAAUGUAAUGAGCUUUUGAAUCAAGUUUGUUGUGAUUUGCUAAUUGUUUGAUUGUUAUCCAAUUUGGUGGCCAUUUUGCACUGGUGGACGGCCGAUUUUGAGCAAGUCCCCGAUACACUCCUUUAUGACUGGUGUAGUUAUAAUAAUAAUACUAGGGUAUCUAAAAGAUAGUAAUGCUGCGGCACAUUCUGUUGAUACUGGCAUUAGUUAGGCAGUAAGACUUAAAAGAAUCGAAAAUGACGUUGAAUGUCCUAUUUACAUGUUGGAAAGUACUAGAAUAAUUACUCAUGAUUACUAUCAGUCUAUAGAAAGAACUCGUGGGAACGUUGUUUAGAAAAUGAUCAAGUGGUUAUCAACUCUGGUUUUCCCACAGUAAAUUGUAGGAAAUAAUAGAAAUUCAGAUUGUUUAUCCAUAUAUUUAAUAUGCGGUGCACGAUAUUUUCUCUGGAAACACAAUACUUUCCUUGCUGUUUGUUGCACUUCAUUAAGUAACAGUUAUUUAGCUAUAUAUUUAUAGAAAACAACAACACAAAAAACGGAAAAAAAAANGUUAUCUCGAUUUCCGCUGUUAUUUUGAAGCGAAUGGUCAAAAUCACAUCCAUUUCCGGCUCAUACAGUUUCUUAAGAAUAGCAUUGCAAGACAUUUUCUCACUUUCACAUCACCUUCUAGCAAGCUGGAAUUUGUAUAUCCCCCGUGUUGCGGAGUCGAAGAGCAAAUGCUCAUAUUCUCGUCAGGUUUAACACCUGGACGAGUCAAAGGCUCUUGAAUUGAAAUUAACCAUCGUACUCAUCUGAAAGACUCCUGCGUGUCUUAAAAUUUGGUAAGACCUCUAACUGUGCUGUAGAAAAUUUGCCACAAAGAAAACUCUAAGUCUGAGCAGCGAACAAUGCACUCUCUCACCCAUCCGAGAGAGUGCUUUUGAUGAAAAGAAAAAGAAGCCCAGGUUAAAAUUUAACCUUGGGUUAGCGCUAACAGGGGUUCGAACAACUGGGCCCUAGCUACUUGGAGGUUUGAGCUGUCUACUAGGGUAAAGUGAGAAAGCCUGCAAUUGACCAUGAAAUUCAAUUGGCAAGCUGCCUACUCUCACAUUCUUGCUGUCUAUGUUAAAACUUAUUGAGAACCCUGAACUUUACAGAAAACAUAAGGCAAAUUUUGCUAAAUUAUCCGGUGACCGCAAUAUAUAGGAUGACCGCUAUAUACAGGGCUGUUAUAUACAGGUUUGACUCUAACCAUGUUGUAGCUUAUGCCAUGAAUGAUGAGAUUUUGUAAUGUACCAUGUUUUUUCAGUGUAUUUUUUACUUCCAUGUUAACUUAAUUGUAGAUGCAAAAAAGAAGAAGGAACAGAAACAGAUGGAAAAAGAGAUGCAAAGGCUACAUCUUCUUGCUGGAACUGGAUCUUUUUCUAAGUAAGUUAAGGCUUAUUUUUUUAAAAAAAUAGACAGUCUCUGACUGCAUGUGGCUGCUGUUUUAUUACUGUAGAAUAUUAUAGUAAAAAAUCAAAUCUUGAUCAAAAGAAAGAGGUAGAUAAAAUAAUAGAAAAAGGCCAAAAGGGAAAGCUAGGGUUUAAUCACCCUUUAAUCUAAAUAAAAAUUUAUUUUUACUGUCAACAGAUCCAAUGCAGGAUUCAAUAUAGCAUUUAAAACGUCAUCAAAUACGACAACUGGCAGUUCUGGAUUCAAGCCAAUCACAGUACAGCAAGGCUUUAAAGCUGUCCCACCCCCACCCCCGGACAAUCUACCUCCUCUACCUAGUGAGCCAGCCCCACCCCUCCCUAAUGAGCCAGCCCCUCCCCUACCACCACCCCCACCAGGAGAUAAUCAAGCAAAGAAACCAUUCAGUUUCAGGAUGGGUGCGUCUUCUGGCAAUGCAAGUGAGGCAGAAACACCUGGAACAGCCACGCCCCCAAAACAGGGUUUUUCAUUUAACAUUGGAAAGAAGAAAGGUCCAGGCAUGGUGCAGUUUGGAAUGAAGUCUAAACCUGUUAAAAGCACUGCUUCUGCAUUUGCAGAAUCAAGCAGUGAAGAGGAGGAAGAGGAAGAAGAACAAGAAGACCAGCGAGUUUCAUUUGAGAGUGAGCAGUUGACUUCUACUCCAACGCAACAACAAGACACACUGGAGAAGGUAAUCGAGUAUGCAGAUACUUUGAGGAUCAAGUCAGCUCUGCGUCCAAAAUUGUUAAUCAGAUUCGUAAAGGGGACAGAGCAGGGAGGAAUUCUUCCUGGGACUAUACAAACUGAGCCUACAGAUAAAAAGACUGAGGAUGGAAAUGUUAAGAAAAGAUCAUUCAAGGAGAAGAAAGAGCUGAGACACAGUGUGGAAAGAGGGGAGUCAGGUGAUUCUGAUGAGGAAGAAAGGGGUGAUGUCAAGAAAAGGACUUUUACAGAGGGGAGAGAUGUCAGGCUAAAUUUAGACCGGGAUGAUUCAGCUGAUUAUGAAAGGAAAAGUUAUGGCGACAACAAGAAGAGGUCGUUUAAAGAGAGAACUGGAAGAAGACGUAGCAUGGAUAGAGAAGAAUCCAGCAGCAGUAGUGGAAGCGAAGCAGAAACCACCAAGAGUGUGGAUAAAAAGCUAAAAUCAUUUGAAGAGAAACAAGAAUCAAAACAGAGAAAGGAAAAAGAUUACUCUGGGAGAAAGGAGCGGGAUUCAGCAGACAGAAGAAAGGAGAGCUAUUACAAGGAAAAAUCAAAAGAUUAUAAAGACAGGAAAGCUAUGGGUGAUAGGGGAGGUGAUAGGUAUAAACAGUCAAAAGGUUAUGACAAUAGCAAAGGGUCCAGAAGGAAUGACUCUAGAAAGAGAGAGAAUGAAAAAUAUGAUUAUAAAGAGUCAAGAGAGGAGGGAUCUACUUAUACCAAGAGAUCAUCUGGCAAGAGAAAUGACUCUUAUGAGGGAAAAAAGAGAAUUUAA